GAAAUCCAACCUUUGCCUAACCUUUGACCACCGCAAAAUGGACCAAGAGAAGGAUCACUGCAACACCGCAGAGACAGUACGCAACUCAUUCGAAUCCUCUAAUCUCUACAUUAGUCAUUAUGCCUCUUCUUUUAACUCGCAUAAACUCGACCAAGAAGAUGUGGACAUUGACGAAGUAGAUCGCAAAGACCCCGCAAUCAUCGCUAUGGAGGUCGAUUCGCAACUGACAUAUCUCAGAAGGCUCAAGUUCCAGUUCGUGGAACAAAAUGCCAAAGACAAAUAUGUCAAGUCCAUCGUCAGCGACAUUGACCAUGCGCCGUUGGUCACAGACGAGGACAACAAACAAGUUAAAUUGCGUAAUGAUGAGCGAAAGGCGGCAUUAACACAGGCCAAAAGUCGACUAGGAGAGGUGCAGAACGACGUGAAAACCUUGGCGCCGUUGGUAGAGGAAGAUUAUUUGAAGGUCAAAAAGGCUACCGAGAAAGCUGCAGAGUUACGCCAGAAGAUUAUUGACGCGAGAUUGGCCCUUUCCCGUCUGCGCCAAAUGCAUCUACACCCACGAUUGACAAUCAAAACGGCUGAUCAGAAACUCGCGGAUCAGGUAGUUGAAAUGCAGGAAAUUACGGACGAGAUUGAAACUGUCUCGCAGAAAGUUCAGGAAGUCAAAGAGCGGUUGAAGGGAGGUGCCCUUGAGAUGGAGAACUUGCGGGUGAAACGGGCAGAGGCAGAGAAGACCAUGAAGAUGGCCACAGUAGACGAGGAUGAUAGCAUAUUAGUGCCAUUGUGCGACUGGUUCACGGCAUCACUUGCACUUCACCGUUCCAUGCAAAAUCUCGAGGACAUGGAAAUUAUUUCUCAGAAUGAGAUUCGACUUCAAUAUCGCGUAGACAAUCCUCGGACUCGAGAAGCCCUUGUCACAAUUACCCUGAUCUUUGUUCCAGACUCACGCCAACUUGCAUCUGCUGACGUAGCAGGUCUAGAUGAGCUGGGUGUAGACCCCGGAGACGUUAUAGAUGCCCACAUCCAAACGAACAAUGUUCAAGGCCUGAUAUCCGCGGUUCUAUCAAGAGCAAGAGGAGGUGUAUAGCGAUGUCUCCGUCUCUUGUUUAGUUUCUUUCUUGCCUUCAACAUGAUAUCGAACUAGCUGAGUUCGCAUGUCUCGUAUAUGAUACUGGAGUACCAAUUCACAUAUGGACUAAGCCCC